ACCUGGACGGAAUAGGACGAUCCACCUGGACUCACUGGUCUGUCUUCAUCGUGUCCUCCUCCAAUCAGAGACAGGCGUUGACCAGCUGUGUCUGAGGGUCAGGUCUCCAUGGACUCCAUCAGGACUCAUCUAACACAGUCUUCCUCAGUGUCUCUCCACCGCUCAGUGGGCGUGUCCGAGGAUGAGGAGAUGGGAGGAGCUCUGAGGAUGGAGAUGAGGUUUGUGACAUCAGAGGCUGAGGAGGAGAUGGAGGCGGGGCCUAGCAGUGACAUCACAGCGUUGGUGCUGAGGCGCUACCGUGGUUACCGGAGAGCUGGUGCGCUGUUGUGUGUGUGUGGAGUCGUCAUCUUCACCAUCGCUUUCCUAUUGGCCUACGCUGUGUUCAGUGGGCGGUACCACUGCUCCCAGGUGGGGGGACAGGGGGAGGAGGACGAGCACCAAGGGGGCGGGGAUAAGCCGUCUACAGAGGGAGGGGCGGGGCUUUACCUGGGAGACCUGAGGGUGAUGAUGAGGAGGCUGCUGCAGGAUGAAGAUAUCCACAGCACAGUCAGCCGUGUCAGCAGGGCGAGUCAUCCUCCCGGGUCUGUGGAGGGAACAUCUCUGGCCUCAGAGAUCCUCCGCUGCUUCACUCAGCUGCACAUGGACCACACCUGGACUGAGUCCCUGUUCGCCACGCUGCAGUUCCCUGACAGGUCUGUGAGGAGUUCUCUGUGGCUGCUGGACUCUGCAGGACUGAUCUCAGAGAAGAUUCCUCUGAACCCGUCUGACUUCUGUCCGUACAGCGCCACAGGAAGUACCAUGGGGGGCGUGGUCUACGCCAACUAUGGCCGUCCAGAGGAUUUUAAUUGGCUGAAGAGUGUGGGCGUGUCUCUGAUUGGCUCUGUGGUGGUGAUGCGUGUGGGGGGCGGGGUCAGUUUCGCAGAGAAGGUCUGGUUGGCUGAGAGGAAUGGGGCAGGUGGAGCUUUGAUCUACCCUGACCCUGCUGACCUGCCGCAAGACCCCCGCCGCCUCGGACUGAACACACACACCGCCGUGUCCGAACAUGUCCACCUGGGGUCAGGUGAUCCGUUCACCCCUGGCUUUCCCUCUUUUAAUCACACUCAGUUCCCGCCCAUCCAGUCGUCUGGCCUGCCGCUCAUCCCAGCUCUGCCGAUCAGCGCCACCGUGGCCGCCAAGCUGCUCAGCCAGCUGUCAGGUGCGUCCUGUCCUCCCUCGUGGCGUGGGCGGCUGCCGUACGUCCGCUGCGUGGUAGGUCCAGAGUUCAGCUCCGGGCGCCGAGUCAAGAUGUCCGUCCACAACGUGAUGACGCCCGUCCUGCUCAACAACAUCUUCUCGUCUCUGGAGGGCCGGGUGGAGCCAGACCAGUACAUCAUACUGGGAGCACAGAGGGACUCACUGGGACCAGGAGCUGUCAAGUCCGGGGUGGGGACAGCGAUCCUCAUGGAGCUGGCCCGCACUUUCUCGACCAUGGUGAAGAACGGCUUCAGUCCCAGGCGGAGUCUCCUAUUCGUCAGCUGGGACGCCGGAGAGUUUGGGAACGUGGGAGCUACUGAGUGGCUGGAGGGUUACCUGUCCAUGCUCCACCUGAAGGCUGUGGCCUACUUCAGUCUGGACCAAGCCAUCAUGGGUGAUGACGUCCUGUCAGCCUACACCAGUCCUCUGCUGGUCGACCUUCUGGAUGCUGCAAUCAGACAGGUGGAGCAUCCUAAACACGCAGGUCAGACCAUCUACAGCCAGGCUGAGAUAGAGGGGGGCAGCUGGAGGAUUAUGAAGCCUCUCUACCUGAACAGUGGAGCGUACAGUUUCACCGCGUUCGCUGGAGUCCCAGCCAUGGAGCUCAGGUUCACCGAGGAGCGAGCUUACCCAUUCAUCAACACGCCAUUGGACAGCGCCUCCCGUCUCCAGGAGGUGCUGGGGGGUCGUCUGGGCGUCACUGGGCGGAGUCUGGGGGAGCUGGUGGGUGAGAUGGUGUUGCGUUUGGCCCACGACCACAUCCUGCCGCUACGCAUCACUUCCUACGCCCAGACGGUUCUGCAGUUCAGCGCCCAGCUCAACAAACACUCUGCUGAGCUGCAGUCCAGAGGUCUGUCCCCUCAGUGGGUCUUCAGCGCCAGAGGAGAUUACAGCCGAGCAGCACAGACUCUGCAGAGAGCCAUCGACUACAGCGACCUGCAUGACCCCACCACUGCCCGUUUCUACAACACCCGCAUCAUGAAGGUGGAGUACUACUUCCUGUCUCAGUAUGUGUCAAUGGUGGAGACGCCGUUCCGUCAUGUGAUCCAUGGUCGUGGUAACCACACUCUGAGCGCGCUCACUGAGCACCUGGCCCUGCUGACCUCUGACCCUGCCCGCUUCGACGAGACGCGCUUCAGACGACAGCUCGCCCUGUUCACCUGGACGCUACAGGGGGCGGCGAAUGCCCUGAACGGAGAUGUGUGGAGCAUCCACAACACACACUGAUACAUAGUGAUACACACAGACACACACACAAAGACACACACACACAAACACACACACACUGACAGGAGAAAUGUAACUUUUCCACCAAUCCAGUGAGGAGUUUUCCUGUUGCUAGGCAGAUUAUCUGAUAUCCUGAGCUGUAACUUUAACCCUCAGUGGUUUCAUGUGAAGUUAGAGAUUAUAAAACUGAUAUCACUGUAAUACUAAUAAUAUUUAUUAUAAUGUGAUACAUUAAUAUUCAGUAUUAUUUACUUAAUCAUUAAUACAGAGGAUUGA